GGGUUAAUCUAAAAGCAUAUUCUCUGCUUCACACCGUCGCUCUCAACUCUCUCCUCUCGUUUCUGAUUGGUCUCUCCCCGUUUUGUUUGUUUUGCAAUUCUUAUAUCCGUUAUCGAUUUUCUCACCCUCCACACACACUCUCUCUCUCUCUCAUCGUUUCCAUCGUUGAGAAGAACAGUAAAUUCACUCUCCCGACUCCUAUUUUCUUCUUCCUGGAAAACUCAUCUUCCGGCGAGGCUGCCAUGGAUCUGUGGCCCGUGCAGGCGAAGAACAUCGGCAGAAGCCCUUUUCUACUCAGAAACUCGUUUUCUGAGAAACCCAUUUCGUGGAAUUUUGUACAUGUGCGGCCUUCCUGGGUUGGCGUUGAAGACGGGAAGGAUUUCAAGAUUGGGGUCUUGAAUUUGAAGCGCAGGAUUUCGUCUAAUGGGUUUCGUUCUUCGGUUGUCAGAGCCAUGGGGAAGAAGAACAAUCAGGGCAAUUCGUCCAACUCUUCGUCUUCGUCAGGAAAUGAUGACCGAUCUAUUCCAGAAGGUGAUAGUGAACAAGAAAACGAUUCUUCUGAAAACUUCAAUGACACUUCAUCCCAGAAAAAUUGUCAGAUAAAGUCGGACUGGAGAGAGGUCAGAGCAAGGCUAUAUACUAUGGAGCAGGAAGAAAAGGCUGAGCCUGAUGCUCAGAACCAAGGUGGGGAACCCCACCAGUCAAAACCUCUAGGCCUGAAGUGGGCUCAUCCUAUUUCCGUUCCAGAGACAGGCUGUGUCCUCGUUGCCACAGAAAAGCUUGAUGGGGUUCGCACCUUUGAAAGAACUGUUGUUCUCCUCCUCAGAUCAGGAAGCAGACAUCCAGAAGAGGGACCAUUUGGAGUUGUUAUCAACAGGCCACUCCAUAAAAAGAUUAGACACAUGAAGCCCACAAAUCUUGAUCUUGCAACCACAUUUUCUGAUUGUUCGUUGCAUUUUGGUGGGCCUCUUGAGGCAAGCAUGUUUUUGUUAAAAAGCGGGGGCAAGUCAAACCUUCCUGGGUUUGAAGAGGUGAUCCCUGGGCUUUGUUUUGGUGCUCGUAACAGCCUGGAUGAAGCUGCAGCGCUAGUAAAGAAGGGUAUUCUUAAGCCUCAGGAUUUCAGAUUCUUUGUCGGCUAUGCUGGGUGGCAGCUGGAUCAGUUGGCAGAGGAGAUUGAAUCGGAUUAUUGGUAUGUAGCUGCCUGCAGCUCAAAUUUGAUUUUUGGGGCUUCAUCAGAGUCCUCAGAAGAAAGUUUGUGGGAAGAAAUUUUGCAGGAAAUGGGUGGCCGGUAUUCUGAAUUGAGUCGAAAGCCGAGGCAGGAUAUGUAGCUUAGCUUAUGAGCCUAUUCGUGCUCACUAAACAAAACCUAGUUCUAGAUUCUAAGUCGAGUCGUGCAGUCGAUUUAUAUGUUUAAGCCAAUUGUACAGAAAGUUUGCUGGCUUUCCAAACUAGUACAUCUUGUCUUGUUUCAUUUCUUCCUUUUCCUUUCGCCCUUCCCUUUGUAUUUAUUUUUUAACCCAAUAAAGUUGUGCUAUUUAUA